GAUACAGAGCAUGGGUGUUGUGAUGGAAUGGUAUUAAUGUAAAUUGUUGCUUUUUUCAGUUGUGUAGCCUAGUCAGAAACUUCUUGAUACCGGAGGCAGAUCUUUGGAAUACCGAACACAGUACCUAUAUAUCAUGAGACAUGAUUCUGUUGCUUCCUAUUCACCUUAUAAGACAAAGAAGGGAAAAGCUACAUUAUUCGCAUUCCGCACUGCCAUUUUGGCUUGGAACAAGGAAAUAUUCUUGGAGAUCCAAUAGAUUUUUCUCACAAUUUAAACUGACUUUCAUCUGAAACAUUCAGUUAUAUGAUGAACUAUUAUUCUGUGAGUGGCAAUACUGCAAUACGAAAUGAUAUGUGUUCUUCCUUGUUGCUUGGUCAGUUUAUUGAUGAAACUAUCAUUUCGGAACUAAACUCAAUAAGUUGAGAAUUGUUCAUUUCAUCACUCUAUAAGCAGAUCAUUAUCUUACUAGUGUCGGGUAAUACUUGGUCAAUAAUAUAUUUUUGAAUUUGAGAAUUUGAAUUUUGUAUGAAUGGGUAGUGAUAGAUAUGGAGGAUAAACAAACAACCAGUGUAUGUGCUUCUACAGUACCAAUGACAACAACAGCAGUGAGCUUGCCUGAAUCCGUUGCUAUGCCAGUCAUUUGUGGUUUCUAUUUUCAUGAGGAGGCAAAAGAGCAUGUACUUGCCAAAGCUCUGUACGAUAACACUGCCGAAGCUCCAGACGAGCUAGCGUUCAGGAAGGGGGACAUCGUGACCGUCUUGGAGCAGAAUACCGGUGGUCUGGAAGGAUGGUGGCUCUGCUCCCUCAAUGGACGACAGGGUAUCGCCCCUGGCAACCGCCUCAAGCUCCUUGCAGGCAUCUAUGAAAGCCCUAACCAUCCCAUCACCAAUGCAUCUCCUCAUAAGGUAUGUUGAUGAAUCAAACCAUAUGUGAACAGAACUUUGUUUGAAACCAUGUAGUGGCAGUUUCAGGCAGGGACGCAAGAGGCACACACGUCCCAUCUAUGACUUGAGACUCACCAUUGAAAAUACAUAUUAAUAUAGCUAAAUCUAAGAAAAUAACAGUAUAUUUUGCAAUAUUCAUUGCAUCGCUAUCUAAUAUCUGGGAGUUCACAAGACACUGGUAAAUGCUUUGAUAUUAUCCAUCAAAUUGUGAUUAAUUUUCCAUUAGUCAUCACAUUUGUACAAUGUUAAAUGUCAGUUUUGUAUGAAGUGUUAUCAGUAAUAUUUGAUGAAAUCCUUGGACAAAUAUCAUUUUAAGUUUAAAAAUUUCAGAGCUAGAAUUUAAAGAUUCUGAAUCCUUGCCAUGGAUUAAAACAGUCAACCCUCAGAUUAUUGUUGGAUAAUUUACUCACACAAUUAGAAAUUCAUUUUUUGAUAGCUUCCCCCAUAUUACUCAUGCACCAAUUUAGCUUGAUAUCUCAGUUCAUUAUGGAGAGUAUAGGAGGGGUGUAUGCCGUGGAUUUAUGAUUAUUGAUGAAAUUAGAGAAGGAUUUAGGAGUGUGACUCUGCGCUCAGCUGGAGGAUUCUGGAAUGAGACGUUAAUCCCAGCUUUCGUCAUCAUAUUUCAUAAUGACGUGGAAGAAGUGGGGAAAUCUCCUGGUUUAGGAAUCAUGCAAUGUGGGAUUUCAUUUAAAGGAAUGAUAGUUUCCUACAAUAGCAGGUGUGUGCGUGCGUAGGGCUUAGCUCUGUCAAGGUGCUAAGAAAGACAGCACCUGGGGAGUGAAGACGUGACCUGUUUUACCUCUGUUGCCUGGCAACCCAUAGAUGGUGAUAGAUGGGCGGAGUCAGAACCUUGGUACUGUAAUGAAAUCAUCUCUACACUUGCUACAAUGGCCCUUGAGAAUUUAGCGACCCAGCAAAAUAUUAUCUUCGGUUGUUACUGGAGUGCGAUUGAUCUUUAUACUGGAGUGUAUAAUACAUUCUUAAAAUAUAUUACUUAAGAUGAAUAGUUUGAGAUUCAACUGGGCGAAACUAUAGUCAGAAAUGACUACAUUGUGGCCAGAAAAUAGUCAAAAUGACUAAAGUACUAAGUUGCCUCUUCCUAUUGCUUUUCUUCUGCCAAGAGUCAUAUUCAGUGUAUGUACUUCAGAUAAAAGUGGAAAUCACUAUUUGAGGGAAAAGCAGAUAUCUAGUUUUGCAAUCAUUUUCCUUCAACAUUUGCCUGUUUGAAAGAAUUAAAUGAAAACCCUUUUUUUAUUUGACAAAACGGCUGAAAUGAUUAAUAAUAAUGAUAGAUCAUAUAUACAUUGAAGCAAGAAAUUAUUUCACGUUUUAAUUUUCUCUGACAAAAUCUAUGACUAUAAACUAAUCCUCACAUUUGCUUUUGCAUUCUAAAAAUAUAUCUGACUCGAUUUAUAUCUUCCACUAGUUGUGGCCUGGUAAAGGUCUCAAGCUCUAUCACAAUGCCACCUUGUUAUAAAUUUGGAAUGCUUCAAAAAUAGAAUAGACAAAUCAUGCAAUCCUAAUCUGAUUUUCCUAACUUGGUGUGAGAACAGGGCCCCGUCUUACAAAAAACAGUUACGAUUGAUCCAAUCAAUCUCAACUAUAUGGAAAUCCAUCCAUACCAUAAUUUUUUCUACAGGAAAUUUGCACAAUCUCCAUAGUAAACAAGGAGAAUCACGCUGAAUCUUCAAGAGAACGAUGAAUGCAUGAAUAUACAUCAGAUCUAAAAAAUAUUUUGAACAAAUUUGCAUUUUAGAGGUUGACAUCGCUGGCCGUCCAUAGUUGUGGUCGAUCGGAUCAAUCGUAACUCUUUGUAAGACAGGGCCCAGAUCUAACAACACACCCUGUCUUCCAAUAUAUGCUAUGUCAUGACUGGUAAAAAAAGAGGAAAAAUCCCAUGGUCUGUGAUAUCUGAGAAAAAAAGGUGAUCACAUGAUAUAGCAUGUGUUCAUUACUAGUUGGAAUCUGAUGCCGUCAUUUUGGUGAUGUUCCGUUUUCAAUUUUAUUUUCAUAAACAUCAGGGCAUGAGUCAGUAAAUGCUGGAUCAACCUUCGCUCUUCUUAUUUGAAAAGAAGUACAUUUCUACAGCCUUUUUCUUCUGGAAUUGCAUCAUUUCAGAUGAAUAUCCUGGUGAUUGGUGGGGAUUUUUUUUACCUGAUUGCUAAGAAAGCAUGAAUGCUUGUAAGCAAGCAACCAGAGGACCGACGGCUUAAGGUCCUCUCCGAAGGACCUGGUAAUGCGGAUUAAUGCCUUACCAAAGGGCACUAGCGCACCAAGUGGGAAUUAAACCCGGGUCACCGGAAUACGAAUCCUCCGCUCUACCGACUGAGCUAUUGCGCCUCCUCAUGGGUCCAUAAGUGAAUAGGGAGUUUUUGCACGAGGUUGCAGAAUGCUUUCAAUGAAAUUGAAAAUGUAUUGAAAAUUUCUGUGUUAGUUUAGUGAACGUGGUCAUCGGUACCUAGUAUUCAUUCAUCCUUUUUGAGAAGGUAUGUUUUUUUAUUGUGUUUUUGC